UUUCGUCUGGAGCUUUCAAAGGGGGUCAUUGCCGUUUGAACGCAGAAAAGUUAGCAGUGCUCGAGGAGUAUAAUAUCCUUCACUCUUCGGUACGACCACAUCUCACCCCAUAUCCCUACUUCGCGCCUUCGUUCUCGCCGCUCAAGCUCCGGCCAUGAAAGACACGAACGAAAUGCCCGGCUGGGGCGGGAAGCACAACAUGUGGCACCACCAACACAUGACCUUCUUUUGGGGCGCGCACUCCGAGAUCCUCUUCUCCGGCUGGCCGGGCAAUCGGUCCGGCAUGUACGCCCUCGCCCUCCUCUUCGUCUUCUUCCUCUGCGUCUUCGUGGAGUGGCUGUCCCACUGCCGCCCCUUCCUCCCCGACAAGCCGGGCGUCGCGGCCGGCGCCCUCCGGUCGCUGCUGCACGCGCUGCGCAUGGGGCUCGCAUACCUGGCCAUGCUCGCCCUCAUGUCCUUCAACGGCGGCGUUUUCCUCGCGGCCAUCGCCGGGCACUUGAUAGGGUUCAUGGCGUUCGCGAAGCCGGAGGAGGUGCGCCCCCCGCUAGCAGGGAAGGCCGACGCCACCGAUCCAUCACAGACAGCUGCUGAUUCGCGGUGGGGAUGAGGCGGGCGUUGAUGCUUUGGACAUGAAAUGGAUUGACUGGUUGAAGAUGAGUGUCUGUUUGCUUUUUUUGCUUUUGUGUUAGUGUCUUAUUUCAUGUAUAGUUCGUUGCAUAUCCGACUGCUGUAUUUUGCUGGAAUUUCGUGUACUACUUGAAUAAAUUGAGCUUUCUUUGUAAUAAUAUUAAAAAUCAUCGUAAGUCUUACUA